AUGGCUUUAUGCGAGUAUAAGAUUUCACAACAACAUGGGGUCAUAUCUCCUCCUGGUCAGGUUUACACUCCAAUCAACACAAGUCACAUACCACAUUAUAAGCGCUUGAACAAAGAGCCUGUGAUCAAAUCAUGUGAAAUUGCCCUGGGUAUACGUGACGUAUCCCUCCAGCUCAAGAUUCCUCAUUACGACAUAGUCGCUAUUGACCCAGCCCCUCCAUCGGCUGUCAUUUAUUCACACGCUAAUUUCAACGCGUUCAUCCAACAAGAGAGCACUGGAGAUACCAAGGACUUUUACGAGAGAUGCUUUGCAGAAGUCAGUUCAAUCAACCUCUUUUUCCCCGACGUCAAAUCGGAGGACAUUCGCAUAUGCAUGACCGCAUGGCUGGCUACAAACUGCGCUGUAGAUGACAUACUGGAAGCUAUGCCGCCAGUUGCAGCCACACUUUCUUUGAAAGAGGCAAUUUUGAACCUCCAGGGAAAGAAGGCAGACGUCUCUCCAACAAACAAAGUCGCGUCAAUCCUUUGUUUCUUUCAAAAAUAUUGCAUCCAACAACUUGAUCUCUGCAAAAAAACCGCUCGCCAGCUCAGCCAUGACAUAUGCGAUAUGUGUGAGGGCAUGCUUGACGAGCUUCUAUUUCGGCAAGGCAUAUUGCCUAACAAUCUGGAAACCUACCUGCAAUUCCGCGGUAGGACAAUGGGAAUCAAUCCAUUUCUCACUCUGAUCUGCACCCUGCACAAGCCAAUGGAUACAAAGUAUCGAUCCGGCCUCUGGGAUCUCCUGAAGCGAGUUGGUUUGGUGCUAGGGCUACAAAAUGAUCUUGUAGGUCUAGAGAAAGACCGCCGGAAUGGCGAAACUAUGAAUGCAGUCUUGGUGUCCUUGGAGGAACAAGCGGGCAGGGAUUUGGAUCACAUGGAUAUCAUAUUGCCGCAGACGAUUCAGGAUGUAUGUGGUAUCCACAAUCUUUAUCUCUCAGCGGCGGUGGAUAUUUAUGAACAACUCCACAUCAUACGGAGUGGGGAUGUACACGAGCCAAUCCCUGAGACUAUACUUCUGACCUUCAUAGACACGCACCUGAAAUGGUGCACCUCGUCAAAGAGAUAUCAGGCGAAGGUGGAAUAG